AACUGGGAGCUGAAGUGCUGACUCUGCUCACUCCAAGUGCCCAAACGCCUCAGAGCAGGGACAUGACAGGGUAACCUCUGUGCAGAGUGAUCGGAGGAGAGCUCACCCACUGGGCGGGAUCCAAGUACAACAUGGGAUUAACUUUGCCCUAUCUGUGCUGCUGAGAGUCAGUGAGAGCGCUGAUGUGAUCAGUCCUGGGCAAAGCACUGGUGGCAAAGAUGGGAGCAAAACUGCUCUGCCUCUGCAUCGCCUUCACCCUCGUGGCAUACUACAUCUACACCCCCAUCCCAGAGAACAUCGAGCAGCCCUGGAAGCUAAUGCUGAUAUCAGCAGUGUUCAGGACACUUGGGAACGUGGCUGAGGUUGCUGAGCAGCUGGGGCUGGCGAACUACAUGGAUGUCAUGAAGCUGUUCUCGACUGCUGAGUACACGGCACCAACCUCAGAUGAGAACGUGACUGUGACAGAUAAGGAGAUCAGUGGUGUUGCCGUCCGCCUCUUCCUGCCCCAAAAACCAAGAGAUGGCCUGCGGAGGGCAGUGCUCUACUUCCACGGUGGAGGAUGGUGCUUUGGGGACGCAGGCAUGACAGCCUACGACCUUCUGUCAAGAAGGACUGCAAGCCAAUUAAAUGCUGUUGUGGUAUCAGUCAAUUACAGGCUGGCACCCAAACACCACUUUCCAGUUCAGUUUGAAGAUGUGUAUUCAGUAUCGAAGUUCUUCCUGCAGAGCAGGGUGCUCUCCCAGUACAGCGUGGACCCAACGCGGGUCUGCGUUGCAGGAGACAGUGCUGGCGGCAACCUGGCAGCAGCUGUGGCACAGAAGCUGCUGGAGGACUCCGAAGUCACAACCAAGCUGAAGGCCCAAGCUUUGAUUUAUCCCGCUCUUCAAACUCUUGAUAUGAAUUUACCAUCCUACCACCAAAAUGCAGACAUGCCGAUUCUGUCCAAGUCACUCAUGAUCAGGUUCUGGAGUGAAUAUUUUACAUCUGAUCCAUCUCUCAGGGAAGCGAUGACCUCCAACCGCCAUGUCCCGGCCCAAUGGGGCCACUUGUUCCAGUUUGUGAACUGGAGCACCUUGCUGCCUGACAGGAUGAAGAAGGACCACGUUUACACUGACCCUGUGUACGGGAGCCCUGCGCUGGCAAAGAAGUACCCAGGGUUCCUGGACCUGCGGGCGGCCCCACUGCUGGCGGCAGAGGCACAGCUGCGGGCGCUGCCCCCCACCUACAUCCUCACCUGUGAGCACGAUGUGCUGCGGGAUGAUGGAGUCAUGUAUGCCACGCGCCUCAGGGCGGCGGGCGUUCCUGUCUCACAUGAGCACGCCGAGGAUGGCUUCCAUGGGGCUCUGACAUUUACUGCCAGCCCGACUGACAUGCCCGUGGGGCUCAGGCUGAUGAACAAUUACUUGCAGUGGCUGGAGGAGCAUCUGUAACUGGAGAUGGGCGCUGCAGCACACCUGGCUCAUCGCUGGGUGAAGCUGAGCUUGGUGCAGGAGGAUGGGGUCUGUGUGCUUUGGGUGUGAUUGCCAUAUUUCGUGUUGCCCUGAGGUGUCUGAAUCACAGUAUUUCUUGUCAUCUCCAUCAGGAGAACCAAUUUGAUUCAAAGCGUGCUUUUCUGGUGCUGCGUUCUGAGCUUAGGACCCAGGUACCGCCUGGGGACCCAUCUCCUGGCCAAGCCCCAUCAGGCUGUGCCUGGUCCCCACUGAGCAGCUGCCUGGGCUUGGUGGGCAGCGCUCCCACUGCAGCCCACCUUGCAGAGCGUAAGCCAGCGUGUGCCAUUGCUGUUUCACACGGAUGCUGCCCACUGUCUGCUUGCUCCCUACCCCUUGUGCCAGGUGCACUGCAGGCAGCAGAGGAGCAGUGGGCAGACACAGCGUGAGUGGCAGCAGCAGAAUCUGCCCACUGCCAGCCCUGCAGCACAGCUCAAGGUAAGCACCAUAAGGCCAAAGGGGAUGGCUGUGAGAUGGCGCAAAUACUAAAAAUGUGCACCCAUCUUACUCAGUAACUACUUACAUUAGGCUCUGUAAUAGAAGGAAGUAGUGUAACUGAGCAGCACUUGGUGCCCAUCAGACAAGGUGAGGCUGCAAAGGUGCUGCUCUUGUUAACCCUAUAGCUGUUACGCAGUUUUUAAGAAUAAAACUAACUAGGCAAACUUACAGGUUUGAAGGAGUUCAGCACUGUUUUGAAUGAAUAUCCUAUGUAGAUGUGCUCUCUAUGUUAAAUGUGAGUCCCUGAACUUGAGUGGUGAGCACACACGUUGGUUGGCUGUUGGUCUGAAGCUCAUUGCAAAACACCACCAACGAACUUGCAGCAUCCUGUUUCUUUUGCACAAAAGCUACUGCACGAAUGCUGGUUUUUCCAUGCGUGUAUGCAAGCAUUUAGAUGGAAUUAUGUCAUGAUUGCUGUGGUUUUGUCUUAUGUUGAAUACAAAAAGCUUUUCUGAUCCUAAUGCAAUGUUAUUUUUUACUAAUAAAUGGAAUAAGUGGGUGACAGAA